AUGGCGAAAGCUUCCCAUACAUUGCAAAAAGGUGCUGUCGUCCAGCACACCGCCAAAGCCCAUGACCUGAAAGAUCAACUGCCUGAAGGGAGCAUUUUGGCAACAACCAUUCGUUUCGUCACGCUGAACUGCCGAACACUAUCGAGUGAACUCCAACAAGCCGCUCUAUCCAGACUUCUGCGAUAUCUCUGUGUGCCUUUUGCUGCACUGCAGGAAACACGCAUGAGGGAUCGGCCCGUCGUCAGCAUCGAAAAUUACACCAUAUACUGCGGCGAUGCUGAUGAGAACAAAGUAGGUGGCUGCGCGAUAGCUGUGAGGAACGAUUACAAGAACCUGGUGGAGGAAUUUGGCUCCACGUCGUCUAGAUGCGCCUUUCUACGACUGCGGGAUCGCAGAGGACGUAAACUCUGGAUCGUAAUUGCUCACGCACCUACGAAAACCGCUGAGGACAACAGUAAGGACGCCUUCUAUGAUGAACUCAAUGCGUUGAUGUCUAAAAUACCAAGCCAGCAGGUGGUCAUUGUCGGAAUCGACGCAAAUGCGAAGAUGGGACUCGAACAGCAAUCCGAUGUGCUAGGAAAAUGGUACUAUGCAGCGGAGCGCACGUCGGACAACAGUGACCGUCUGGUCGACUUGUGCGAACAGACGGGCCUCAUCAUCGCUUCUACGUUUAAGAGGAAUCAUCGACGCCAUCAGCUCACGUGGCAGGGGUCAACCCUUUUAACGCCUGAAGAGCAGCGCAAGCGGAAGAUGAGGACUCUUAAACUUCAGCUCGACUACGUUCUGGCGAGGAACAUUCCUCAGUCAGAUAUCCGAAAAUCUAGAGCUGUUUGGGACGUCGCGUUCGACUCUGACCACCGUCCAGUUCUUCUCAGCUUCAAGGUACGGUUCCACAAGAGAAACCGAGGAGUUCCUCUUCAACCGAAAAUCGACAUGGCAGGUCUGAAAGACGAUGAAUGCAGAAGAAAAUUCCGCCAACGUGUGUCUAUUCAUGUUGGAGUACGGACCAGGAAGAAGCUUAGCGAUGCGCAUUCCUUCACAAAGUGCAUCCAGGACGCUGCAAGGGAAACGCUCCCGGUUCUAUUGCCGCGGAAGAACGCUGGUGACUUCAACCAGGAAAAGCGUCUUAGAAGGAAGCUGCGUCGUCAACUGCAACAAGACCGCGAUAACGAGCGGACGUCAAGAGCAAUGGAGUUUGAGAAGGCAUGGGAGGACAGGAACCCGCGGAAAGCCUACGCUCUACUAAAACAGUAUAGUGGCAAAAUGAAAAGAUGUUCCCAUGUCCUCAACACUGCUAAUGGGGUAGCUGUCGGUGAAGCAACCCUUCCAAUUUGGAAGGAACACUUCAAGACCUUGCUGAACCGGCUAGCACCGUCAGCUCCUGAACUCGAACACGUUCAUAGACCGACAUAUGCGGUUAACGAGGAGCCACCGACCGAGUCGGAGGUCCUGGUCUGUAUUCAGAAAAUGAAGAAUGGAAAAUCUGGUGGAGACGACGGGAUUAGCGCAGAAAUGAUGCUAAAAUAUCUUCCACCGUCUGGGAUUCGUGAGAUGACAAAGAUCAUCCGUUCAAUAUGGAUAAACGAAAGGAUACCUGAUUCGUGGAGACACGCUAACACAAUUUCCCUCCACAAGAAGUUAUCCGUCACGGACCCAAGGAAUUAUCGAGGAAUCUCUUUGCUGCGUGUUAUGUACAAGGUACUAGAGCGCAUUAUCCUGGACCGACUCAUUAAACAUCGCGAAGAAACAACGCGCGACGAGCAAGCUGGCUUUCGUCCUGGCCGAUCUACGAUUGACCAGGUGUUCAUCGUCAGGAGAGUGAUCGAAAUCUGGCUGCGGUAUUCGAAGACAAUGCAACUAGCGUUUCUGGACUUUGAAGCCGCGUUCGACUCUCCUCACCGAGGCCGUCUUCUCAACGCGCUUCGCGCCGAUGGAGUACCAGGAAAGUUCGUUCGCUUGCUUGAUGACAUGAAUCAACGAACAAUUGCUGCAGUUCGAACACCAGCCGGAUGUACAACACCGUUUGAAGUGGUAAUUGGAGUAAGACAAGGGGCGGUGGCAGGACCCUUCCUGUUCAAUUUCGCCAUCGACGACAUUAUGCGAAGAACAGUCGGCCACUGUCCUGCCGACAUUGUCUUAGCACCAUCAGGGUGCCCCUUAACUGACCUCGAGUACGCCGACGAUGUUGUUAUAUUCGCGGAAAGCAGUACGAAACUUCAACAUGUUGUCACCCUUGUAUCGAAGCUGGCUGCAGCCUACGGACUACGCCUACGCCCUGAUAAAUGCAAGCAGAUGUGGAUCUCUUCGAGACCUCGAACGGGAAUCAGGGUGGACGGACAACCGAUAGAACUCGUCGAUGAGUUCUGUUACCUGUGCUGUAUGCUGACGAACAACGGCAGCUACGAGAGAGAUGUUCAGCAAAGAUGCGCUAAGGCCACCUCUGCAUUUAACUCCUUAACGAAAUGUCUGUGGUCGACCCCCAUCACCAACGAAGUCAAGCUGCGAGUCUACCUAUCUGCAAUUCGCCCCAUCAUGACGGAUCGGAGACUUGGGCAGCACCAUCAACGGUUAUGGAGGGGCUUGACUGCACGGAACGAAAGCUGCUUAGACGGCUACUUGGCUACUUUUGGCCUAGGGAGACCGGCAGAUCGCCUUGUCCAACGAGUUCUGAAGAGUUCGUCGGGUUCGAGCUGGAAGAAGCCACCUGGCCGAAAACGGAAGUUCUGGACUGAGGUGGUAAAAGAGGACCUGAGGACACUCGGCCUGGAUAGGCAGUUCAGGCGAGACGUAAGGUUUCGCAAAACAUGGAAUAGCGACGAAUGGAUUGAUUCUGUGCAAGCUCUCGCAGAAGAUCGAGAAGGAUGGGCAGAGCUGCGUUCAAGGACGGCACACCUCGGCGAAGAUGCGGGCCUGACGUUUCGACAAACUCGUCAAUUGCCCCACAUGCAGUUCCUUUUCCAGAUACCAGUACUUAACGAUACUGCACAGUGCGUAGAUCUCAUUCGCCUUGGUGACAAUCUUAAAGAACGCGAUGGUUUACCAACCCCGCUAGUUGGUGGAACUGAUUCUCGAGAACAGCCUCGUUGUAUUCCGCCAUUAGAGUUAACGGCCCACGUACAACAUCUGAACUCUCGAGAUGUUCAAACAUCACAAAUGACCUGCCAGACAUUUUGGCACCCAACAUCAAAUGUUGGUUCGACAUUCCCAUUGUCUUCCGAAAUUGACGAAAGUGCUGCUUUGAAAGUUAGAAAAUCUAGCUAA